CCCACCUCUGCUGACCACCAGUUUUUUUUAUUAGCAUUGUUUUUUUAUUCCAAUGCAGGUCGAUCGGCUCACCAAUUCAGGGGUUCUCCAGCACCAGCGGUUCCAGAACGGCAGCGAGGACGACGCGGCGGUGCUUCUGGGGGCGGGUCCCUGCUGCCGGCAUUUCCUGCGCGUCAAAGGACUGGUCAAACAGCACAUUGACUCGUUCAACUAUUUCAUCGACGUUGACCUGAAGAAGAUUGUGAAAGCCAACGAGGUGGUGACGUCGGACGUGGAUCCGUCGUUCUACUUGAAAUACACUGGAAUCCGCGUGGGUAUGCCCGAGCGGACCGAUGCCGAUGCAGCCAAACCGUGUCGGCUGCGUGACAUGACGUACGCUGCCCCGAUUGCGGUGGACAUUGAGUACACGCGUGGGCGGUCGCGCGUAAUCCGCAAGGGUGUGGUGAUUGGACGUAUGCCAAUCAUGCUGCGGUCGGCGCGCUGUGAAAAAGUCAUUCUGGUGCAGGAGCAGAUGUCCAAGAACCGUAUCAUCAUCCAGGUCGACAACAAGGGGUUCAUGGCGGCCAAUCGCAAAUCAAAGACAUAUGUUGUGUACAAGAAGGGUGCCCUUUACCUGAAGCACAACUCGAUCAGCGACGACGUGCCGCUGGUGGUGGCGAUGCGUGCAAUGGGCAUGACAGCGGACAAGGAGAUCGCACAGCUGGUAGCUGGAAACGACCCGCUGUUCCUGGACAUGCUGUCCCCAACACUCGAGGAGGGCUCGGCAUCGAAGCUGUUCACGCAGCGGGCGGCGCUGGACUGGAUCGGAUCCAAGACUAAGGUGACUCGCCGCCCAGGCAUGGCUCGCCGGCCUGGCUACGAGGAGGCGCUGGAGGUGCUGGCCAACGUGGUGCUGGCCCAUGUGCCUUGCGUGUACGCAGUCAACAACGACAACAUGACUGACGACCUGGACUACCUUGGAAACAAGCGUCUUGAGCUUGCCGGCCAGCUGCUGUCGCUGCUGUUUGAGGAUCUGUUCAAGCGGUUCAACUACGACCUGAAGCUCAACGUGGACAAGGUCCUGAAGAAGCCCAACCUGGCGCAGGCCUUUGAUGUGUAUAACCAGCUAAUGUGCCACGGCGAUCUGAUCACACAGGGCCUGACUCGCGCCAUCAGUACAGGAAACUGGUCGCUGAAGCGUUUCAAGAUGGAGCGUGCCGGUGUCACCCACAUUCUGUCGCGUCUGUCGUACAUUUCGGCGCUGGGCAUGAUGACCCGUAUCAGCAGUCAGUUUGAGAAGACGCGCAAGGUGUCUGGCCCUCGUGCGCUGCAGCCAUCGCAGUGGGGGAUGCUGUGCCCGGCCGAUACUCCUGAAGGAGAGCUGUGUGGUCUGGUGAAAAACCUGGCAUUAAUGACGCAUAUCACUACCGAUGACGAGGAGGAGCCCAUCCGCCGCGACGCUGCGCUGAUGACUGGUGCCGAGCUGCACACGCCUGGAACGCAUGUUGUGUUCCUCAACGCACUCCGGUUUGUGCGUCACGGUCGCAUCCCGGCAUUUGUCAGCAUUUAUAUCGAUGACCACCGCAACACCGUCAACAUUUCGGCCGAUAACGGGCGCAUCUGCCGCCCUCUGAUUAUCGUCGAGAACGGCAAGAGCCGCGUCAAGGACCACCACAUCCAGGAUCUGAUGGCGGGCAAGCUCGAGUUUGACGACUUUUUGCGGCUGGGCCUGGUGGAGUAUCUCGAUGUCAACGAGGAGAAUGACUGUAACAUCGCCAUCUAUGAGAAGGAUCUGAAGCUGUAUACAACCCACUGCGAGAUUGAGCCGUUCACGCUGCUGGGCGCUGUGGCUGGGCUGAUUCCGUAUCCGCACCACAACCAGUCGCCGCGUAAUACGUACCAGUCCGCUAUGGGUAAGCAGGCAAUUGGUGCUAUUGCCUACAACCAGCUCAACCGCAUCGAUACUCUGCUGUAUCUGAUGGUGUAUCCGCAGCAGCCCAUGGUCAAGACCAAGACCAUCGAGCUUAUCAAUUACGACAAGCUGCCUGCCGGCCAGAACGGCUCGGUGUUUGUCAUGUCGUAUUCCGGAUACGAUAUUGAGGAUGCCCUGGUUAUCAACAAGUCGUCCCUCGAUCGUGGGUUUGGGCGCUGCCAGGUUAUGCGCAAGUACACGGCCAUGGUGCGCAAGUACGCCAACGGCACCUUUGACCGCGUUCGCUACGCGCACAUCGACACUGACGGCAUGGCCCCGCCGGGCACUCGUCUUGAGACCGGUCCAGAUGUCGAUGGCGGCAACGACAUCAAUGCUGGAGUGGGCGGUGCUACCGUCGAAUAUCGCCCAACACCAGCCACGUUCAAGUACCCUGACCACGGAUACGUUGACAAGGUCAUGAUUACGACCUCGGAGACCGACCAGACGCUGAUCAAGUUCCUGCUGCGGCAGACGCGCCGGCCCGAGCUUGGCGACAAGUUUUCGUCUCGACAUGGCCAGAAGGGCGUGUGUGGCAUCAUUGUGCAGCAGGAGGACAUGCCGUUCACGGACCGCGGUGUGUUCCCGGACAUCAUCAUGAACCCGCACGGUUUCCCGUCGCGAAUGACUGUCGGCAAGCUGAUGGAGUUUGUGGCUAGUAAGGCUGGCGCAAUCAAGGGCGAGCUGCAGUACGGUACGUGCUUUGGCGGCAGCAAGAUGGAGGACAUGUGCCGGAUUCUGAUGGAGAACGGCUAUAGCUAUACUGGCAAGGACUACGUCACGUCGGGCAUUACCGGCGAGCCUGUUGGCGCCUACAUCUUCAAUGGCGCCACGUACUACCAGCGCCUGAAGCACAUGGUUGCCGACAAAAUGCAUGCGCGUGCGCGCGGGCCGCGUGCCGUGCUGACACGCCAGCCCACCGAGGGACGCUCGCGCGACGGUGGUCUGCGUCUGGGAGAGAUGGAGAAGGAUUGCCUGAUCGGGUACGGCGCGUCGAUGCUGCUGCUGGAGCGGCUGAUGAUCUCGUCGGAUGUGUUUGAGGUGCAUGUGUGCGAAAAGUGCGGCUACAUCGGCUAUAAGGGGUGGUGCCAGGUGUGCAGAUCAAGCAAGACCAUGACUCCGAUCAAAAUCCCGUAUGCGUGCAAGCUACUGUUCCAGGAGCUGCAGUCGAUGAAUAUUCUGCCACGACUGGUGAUGGAGGAUAUUUAGGACUGCUGCAUUUUUGUUGUUGUUUUUGUUGCUGGUGGUUUCAAUGAAUAAUGGCUGACGCAUCCUUUCCGUAUCGUUUCUUUGCUGGAGGGGCAGCGGGGAG